AUGUAUUGCUGUAGUGCACAAGAAAGCAAAAUGGACUAUAAGCGGCGCUUUUUGCUUGGCGGGUCCAAGCAGAAAGUGCAGCAACACCAGCAGUACCAGAUGCCCGAGCUGGGCAGGACCCUGAGCGCGCCGCUGGCAUCCACCUCCCCGGCGUCCCCCCUGGGCUCCUCGGCCGCUGCGGGCGGCUGCGGCCCCCCCGUCUCCCACACCACUCCCAUCGCCGACAUCCAGCAGGGAAUCUCCAAAUACCUGGAUGCACUCAACGUCUUUUGCCGUACGAGCACUUUCCUCACCGAGCUUUUCAGCAGCGUGUUCAGGAACUCGCACUACUCUAAGGCAGCUAUGCAACUGAAAGACGUGCAGGAACAUGUCAUGGAAGCGGCGAGUCGACUCACAGCAGCAAUAAAACCAGAAAUAGCAAAAAUGCUGAUGGAACUGAGUGCGGGAGCUGCGAACUUUAAAGAUCAAAAAGAGUUCAGCCUACAAGACAUUGAGGUCCUGGGGCGGUGUUUCCUGACGGUGCUGCAGGUCCACUUCCAGUUCCUGUCGCAGGCGCUGCAGAAGGUGCAGCCGGUGGCACACGCCUGCUUUGCUGAGGCUGUAGCACAGGACAGAAAGAACGUCAGUGGGGCUGGAGCCUCAAACGUGAGCCCCACGAAUGAGCUGGAAGAUGCAAUAAGGUCCUGGAGGGGAGCAGCAGAGGCCACGUCCCGACUGCGAGAGAGGGGCUGCGACGGCUGUUUGGCAGGAAUCGAAGUGCAGCAGCUUUUCUGCUCGCAGAGUGUGGCAAUCCCUGAGCACCAGCUCAAAGAGCUCAACGUGAAAAUCGACAGUGCUCUGCAGGCCUACAAGGUGGCUCUGGAGAGCUUAGGCCACUGCGAAUACGCCAUGAAGGCUGGCUUCCACUUGAACCCCAAAGCUAUUGAAGCGAGUCUUCAGGGCUGCUGCAGUGAGGCUGAAGCCCAGCAAACAGGCAGGAGACAGACUCCACCUCAGCCCAUCCAGUGUGAGCUGCCCACCGUCCCUGUGCAGAUCGGAUCCCAGUUCCUGAAAGGAAUAUCCUUUAAUGAGUCUGCAGCAGAAAACCUGAAGCUGAAAACGCACACAAUGCUGCAGCUGAUUAAGGAAGCUGGAUGCCACAACGGACUCACGCCACGGGACGACUCUCCUGUCACUGAAGUCCUCAACCAGGUCUGUCCUUCCACCUGGCGAGGGGCCUGCAAAACUGCUGUACAGCUCCUGUUUGGCCAAGCUGGACUGGUGGUUGUGGACACAGCACAGAUUGAAAAUAAAGAAGCCUACGCUCCUCAGAUAAGUUUAGAAGGAUCCAGAAUCGUGGUGCAAGUUCCAUCGACUUGGUGUCUGAAGGAAGAUCCAGCAACAAUGUCUCUGCUGCAGAGGAGCCUGGACCCCGAGAAGACGCUGGGGCUAGUGGACGUGCUGUACACGGCAGUGUUUGACACGCACCGGUGGAAGGAGGGAAGGGAGCAGGCUCUGCCUUGCAUUCAGAUCCAGCUGCAGCGGGAGAUCUCGGACUUCGGGAAUCAAGUCGACAUGCCAUCCGGAAACGGCAGCAAAUCUUCAGGUGGUCUGCAGAAGACCUUCUCAAAACUGACUUCACGGUUUACAAAAAAAACUUCCUGCACCAGUACGAGUAAUACUGGAAGUUACUCAAUCCCCAGUACACCUUCCAAAAACGUCUUCAUCAGUUCCAGCUCAGAGGAGAAAGCGAAAAUGCCCGCUACCAUCGACGGGCGGUUACAGAGCAUUUUGAACAUUGGGAGUUUCCCUCGGACGGCGGAUGCGCUGCAGCCAGCCCAGAGCACAAACAACCAGUUAGUGAACGGGUUUGUAGUUGACAGACGGGACAACUUCUUCAAGCCGGAUGACGGGAAGGAUGACAAAGGUAUGAAUUUACCAACUGACCAAGAAAUGCAGGAUGUUAUCGAUUUCUUGUCUGGUUUUAACAUGGGCAAAUCCCAGCAGACUUCUCCGAUGGUGAAAAGGAGGAACUCGGUUGCAUCCAGUGCAGCAGCGGAGCAGAAGUCGGGAGCGGUCCAACAGCAGCCGCAGUCGGUCUCGCACGCGCCGCUGCAUCCCCCGCAGCAGCAGGGCUUGUCGCAGCAGCAGCAGCAGCCCCAAAAGCAGCAGCAGCAGCAGCAAAUGCAGUAUUACCAACACUUGCUUCAGCCCAUCGGACCACAGCAGCGCGUGCCUGCCAAGUGGCUGGGAAGCUCCUCCCAGCAGCCGGCCCAGGCUGUCGGGGCCGGGAUGUCUCAUAUGAACCAGUGGAACAACCCCGGGUUUUCAGAUUUGAGCUCGGAUCUGUACAGCUUGGGCCUGGUGAGCAGCUACAUGGACAACGUGAUGUCGGAGAUGUUGGGACAGAAACCGCAAGGACCUAGAAACAACACGUGGCCAAAUCGUGACCAAACUGAUGGAGUGUUUGGGAUGCUGGGAGAAAUCCUGCCUUUUGACCCUGCAGUCGGCUCGGACCCGGAGUUUGCCCGCUACGUGGCCGGGGUGAACCAGGCCAUGCAGCAGAAGCGGCAGGCGCAGCACGUCCGGCGCCCGAGCAGCACGCGGGGCAACUGGCCGCUGCCCGACGACCCUCACAAAACCUGGCCCUUCCCCGAGUACUUCACGGAGGGCGACGUGACAAACAGCUGGUCUGGGACGCAGGGGGACUCGGCCAGCUCCAGCGACGAGACCUCCUCAGCUAACGGAGACAGCCUCUUCUCCAUGUUCUCAGGGCCAGACCUGGUUGCGGCGGUGAAGCAGAGGAGAAAACACAGCAGUGGGGAACAGGAACCGAGCACGCUGCCCUCCCCACCCCUGCUCUCCGCAGCAGAGGACCGCAAUCAGGAUAACAAAACCAAAACCUGGCCGCCGAAGGCUCCCUGGCAGCACACCUCCUCCGUGCCCAGCGCGCUGCCCGGCCAGAGCAGCUCCCUCUACCCGCUGGGCAGCCCCGCCAGCCAGUGGGGUGACACCAUGCCCAUGCUGCAGUCCCCGGUCUGGGCCGCCGCCACCGACUGCGCCCCGGCGGCGGGGAUGUCCCCCGGCUUCGCCUACGCGCAGCAGCAGCAGCCCCAGCAGCAGCCCUCCCAGCACAAACACAUCAAUAAGGGCUUCAAAGCGUUCCCCGUGAAGCACGAGCGCAGACCGUCGUACCUGCACCAGUACUAGUGGCUGUGGGGAGUGGGACGGGCAGCACGGGGCCACACGCCCAUUCCACAGACUCUGUCUCGCAGCCGUGUACGGGCCACGUCCCGCUGCUCUCAUUAAGGAUGGAAUGGAGGGGGUCUGAUGAGAUGGACUAAUGAAUUCUGACCUACAGUGCUGAGCAAAUGUGGCCAAUGUGUGUGUUUGUACAUGAAACAGCCCAAAACUGUGAUGUAGAAAUGCUUUUAAAAAUGUGUAUAUUGCCUUUACUUUCAAAAUUUUUUUUUUUUUUUUUUUUAAAAGAACUGCUGAAGGACUACCAUACGAGAAACACUGUAUUUUAUAGCUAUUUUUCAUAUAGAUUUAUAGUUAAAACAUCUUACUGAAACACAUCGAAUAGGUUGAAGCAAAUACAUAGUGGUCGCUUUGCUCAACACUGUGCUGCGGCUCCUGGGGGAGGAGCUGGGAGCCCUUCCCACUCCCCAGGAAUGUGGGGGGCAGCUUUUUUAAACCCAAGUGCAAGAGCAGCUUGUGGGGUGCCACGGGAGCAGCUGGGAAACGGAGUUUUGUGGUGGUGCCCUUCCUCCGAGGGAGGACCAGCUCAGCCUUGAGUGACAAACACUCCCCGAGGUGCCGGGAGGCGGUGGCACCCCCACAUCGACACCCCGUUUCCCGCUGCUCCCCGUGGCCCCGGGCGUCACCCCACCCUGCUCCUGGCCCUCGGAAAGGACAGCCCCACAGACUACUCGUGUGUAUUUAAAGUCUUAUUUCAGAUGCUACAGUCGAUUAAAAAAAAUUGUGAGCUGGCUCAGAAGAUACUAAACCGAAACGUGGGGUAGCCGUUAGUUAAAAGAACAUUAUUUUUUUUAAAAGGAUAAAGUAAUUAUUUGCAGUCGAUAUGUGCCAUUAAGUGAACCUGUGGAAUUAGGAAUAAUCUUCCAACCAAAGUGGAUCGGGGAGAGUGACUGGUGCUUAAAAACUGAAGAACAAUGGUAAACAUAUGUAUAGCUAUCCCACUGUAUAGUAAUUGAGAUUACAGAAGAUUCUUUAUAUAGUUAGAGCUUAUUUAAAUUUUCAUAUUUCAUCUUUGAAAGAGUCUAAAAACCACAAUAUUUUCUGGUAUAAGAGUUUUGACAGUAUUAAUCUUAUUUUUGUAUUUUUCUUAAGUCAUAUCAUUCUAAUAUGUUAACUACUAGUAAAAUGGGUUAUUAGUUCUAACUACAUAAUUUUUCAAUGAAGAUAAAGCACAUUUGUUGUUUUUGUUUUUACAAACUAAGUACAUCUAUAUCUAAAGAUACCAAAAAAUAAAUACGUUAUAUAUAUAUAAAUAAAAAAAAAAGUAUACACAACACUAAAACUAUUAAACAUUGGGGUAUUUAAAGCCCAUCCACCUUUUUUGUUCGUAUGGUGACGGGCUGUAUUUGCAGGCCCAGAUUGUUACCUUUUGUGCUGUUUGAGGAUGCCAAUGUUGCCUGUAUUUAUGAUAUUGUCACCAUGUUUUCUGAGACUUCAUACUUACCAUGUUUACAGAGAUUUGUUUGCUGUACAUAGACUUUUUACAGUAAUGUGCUUUGCACAAUCAGUGUGGCUUCUGUCUGUAAAUUGUUAAUGGUCUGUACUACUAUAAUUUUGAAAACCUUCUGCUGAAAAUGUUAGUGGUUAUUUAACUUGAUGAAUGGUUUUGAGUUUCCUAAAUCUUGUCAUUUAGAUCUAAUAUUAAAUCCUAAAUUUGGUUGUACUUACUGGUUAUUCGUACUAAGACCAAAAUGGAAGUUAACGAAAACUCCUUAAUUUUGAACUUUUUCUAACAAGUGCCAAAACGAUUGCUCUAGGGUUUGCAGUUGAUCCAUAAUGACAAAUGCUGGCAAGUUUCUGGACCGACAUAAGCCAACGGUGAACGCGAGGCAAGUUUGUCUGCAUUUUGACCACGUAGGUGCUACUCUGUCCUUUGCUUCCGAUUGUUCUGAACACUGGUCAUUUUAAGAAUUGUUGCACUUGGCAAACGAGUCUUGCCAUUAAACUUCACUUACACUGCCAAGUGCAAGGGUUUGGUGCUUAGUUAACUUACCCUUAUUGCAGUGCUCCUUGUGAAUAGCGAAUGCUUCGGAACUGGAACUGUACAUUUUGUAUUUUAAAGCUUCUGUAAAAGUAAACUAUUUGCUUUAUUAAAGAUAUACAUUUAAUAGGUCAUACCUGUUUAAAAUAUGCACCUUGCUGAAAAUGAGCAGCACCUUAAAACUGUAACUUUGGUUUGUAAACAAAGAUCUUAUUUCAUUAACAUGGGAUUAUUUAACAGUUUGAAAA